AUGAAGAAGGAAAGGAACGUAAAUGCUUAUAGUUCAGAUGGCCGUAUCUAUCAACUAGAAUACGCCAUGAAAGCUGCUUCUUUAGGUACUACUACGAUUAGCUUUAAAGUCUCAGAUGGUGUUGUUGUUGCUUCGGAAAAGAAGAUAGUUUCUAGUUUACAAGUCCCAAGUAGUGUUAAGAAACAUCAUAAGAUCUAUGAUCAUUGUGGUUUUGCUUUCUCUGGUUUAAGUGGUGAUGCCCGUACGAUCAUUAAGAAGGCUAGACAGAAUGCUUUAGAUCACCAUCUCUUUUAUAAUGAGAAUGUACCAGUUGAAGGUAUAGUUAAGAGUCUUUCAGCAAUGGCUUUAAACUUUGGAGAGAAAGAGGAGAGUAAGAAGAUCUUUAGUCGACCUUUUGGUAUUUCAGUACUUAUUGCUGGUUAUGAUAUAGAACCUCGUCUGUUUUCUUUAGAUCCUUCUGGUACGUAUACUGCUUAUAAUGCUAAAGCAAUUGGAUCAGCAGCUGAAGCAGUUACAGCUGAAAUGGAGAAUGUUUAUAAUGAGACAUUAAGUGUACCACAAGCUAUGGCUAGUAUUUUAGGGUUAUUAAAGUCGGUUAUGAAAGAUCCAAUUACUAAGCAUAAUUGUGAAGUGAUGGUUUGUACUCAGGCUGGAGUUAAGUUUGUGACUGAUGCUGAAAUUGAAGAGAUUCUUAAUGGAUUGAGUUAG